AGCAGCGGUGGAAUCCGCUGGAAUUCCGGUACGUGAUGCUUUUGUUGGGCUUCACCUGCGCCUCGAUCAUGGCAUAAUCACCCCCCCUUCCCUCUCCAAUCUCCGCCCAGCCUCUUCGUGUUUUCCUGCUCCCCUCGCAGGCACUCAUCCUAGAGGCUGGUCAUUGGAAUUGAGGAGGAGGAAGCCCUCUCUCGAUUCUCUCCCUCCUUCUCUGCGCAAUUUUGUGACGGCAGGCAGCCUUUGGUUGUUGAUUCAAAAUGAGCGCGGUUUCAGGGGUGGUGUCGCGGCAGGUUUUGCCGGCUUGCGGCAGUUUGUGUUUCUUUUGCCCCGGGUUGCGUGCCAGGUCCAGACAGCCUGUCAAGAGGUACAAGAAGCUCAUUGCUGACAUUUUCCCCAAAAACCAGGAAGAAGGACCAAACGAUCGGAAGAUAGGAAAAUUGUGUGAAUAUGCUGCUAAAAAUCCUUUGCGGAUUCCAAAGAUCACAACCUCUCUUGAGCAAAGGUGUUACAAAGAAUUGAGAAAUGAGAAUUUUCUAUCCACAAAAAUUGUCAUGUGUAUUUACAAGAAAUUGCUGAUAACUUGCAAGGAGCAAAUGCCUCUCUUUGCGAGUAGCUUACUCAGCAUCAUGCACACUCUUCUGGAUCAAACACGGCAAGAUGAAAUGCAAAUUAUAGGAUGCCAGACUCUCUUUGAUUUCGUAAAUAAUCAGGUCGAUGGAACUUACAUGUUUAACUUAGAAGGAUUUAUUCCGAAACUCUGUCAGAUAGCUCAAGAGCCCGGGGAAGAUGAAAGGGCAAAUAGUCUGCGUUCUGCUGCGCUGCAAGCCCUUUCUUCAAUGGUUUGGUUUAUGGGCCAGAAUUCUCACAUAUCAGUCGAGUUUGAUAAUAUUGUUGCAGUGGUUUUGGAAAAUUAUGAAGUACCCAAGAAAACUUUGGAGAAUCAAGGUUCCCAGGAUCAGUGGGUGCAGGAAGUUCAAACAAAUGAGAGUCGUGAUUCUCUACAAGAUAUCACUGUCAGGAUUCCUCCUUGGAGCACCAUUGUGGAUGCGAAAGGCGAACUAAAAGUUUCAGAGGAAGACACCAAGAACCUCAGCUUUUGGUCCAGGGUCUGCCUGCAUAACAUGGCAAAGUUAGCCAAAGAGGCUACAACAAUAAGGCGUGUCCUGGAAUCUUUGUUCCGUUACUUUGAUAAUGGCAACUUGUGGUCUCUCGAACAUGGGCUCGCCAUCACAGUGUUAAAGGAUAUACAGUUCUUGAUGGAUAGCUCUGGGCAAAAUACCCACGUUUUGCUAUCCAUCUUAAUGAAGCAUCUUGACCACAAAAAUGUCCUGAAACAACCCAACAUGCACCUUGACAUAGUGGAGGUAACGACCUCCCUUGCUCUACAUGCCAAGGUUGAACCCUCAGUGGCAAUAAUUGGGGCUCUAAGUGAUGCCAUGAGGCAUUUGAGAAAGAGCAUCCACUGCUCUCUGGAUGAUGCCAAUCUGGGGCCAGAUAUCAUCAAAUGGAAUACAUGUUUCAGAGAAGAGGUGGAUAAGUGCCUUGUACGGCUGUCACAUAAGAUUGGGGAACCAGGACCAAUUCUUGACGCUAUGGCUAUUAUGCUUGAAAAUAUCUCAACUGUUACAGUUGUAGCCAGGACCACAGUUGCUGCUGUUUACCGUACUGCUCAAAUUGUAGCUUCCUUACCAAAUUUGUCCUAUCAAAACAAGGCUUUCCCAGAGGCAUUGUUUCACCAAUUACUCCCAGCUAUGGUCCAUCCAGACCAUGAAACACGUGUUGGAGCUCAUCGCAUCUUCUCUGUUGUUCUUGUGCCAUCUUCAGUUUCCCCUAAUCUAUUCUCAUCUAAUACUGAGACAAAAAAGGCCUUCGAUCAUCACAGGACACUCUCAAGAGCUGUCUCAGUGUUUUCUUCUUCAGCAGCCCUCUUUGAGAAGCUGAGGAGGGAGAAACUUUCCUUAAGGGAAAGUAUCUGUGAAGAAGAUGGGAACACUGUUCCUGAAGGAGAAGAACAAAACACUAAUGAUGGGUUUCUGAGCAGAUUGAAGUCAUCUUAUAGUCGGACUUAUAGUAUGAAAAGCUUGCCUGCACCAUCAACACCAAAUAAAAAUUCCAUGAGCAAUACGAAGGAACCUGACUCUCAUUUCCUCCGGUUGAGCAGCCACCAAAUAACUCACUUGCUUUUAUCAAUUUCGGGACAAUCCAUCUCUCCUGGGAACAUGCCUGAUAACUAUGAAGCAAUUGCUCACACAUAUAGCCUUGUAUUACUCUUCUCUCAGGCAAAGAAUUCCAGUAUUGAGGUUCUUGUGAGAAGUUUUCAGCUGGCAUUUUCCUUGCGAAAUGCCUCUCUCAUUGAAGGGCCAUUGCCGCCAUCCCGUCGCAGAUCCCUGUUUACACUGGCAACAUCGAUGAUUCUUUUUCUAUCAAAAGCAUACGAUUUUGUCUCUCUGGUUGAUAGAGUCAAGGCAACACUGACAGAUAAACAGGUUGAUCCAUUCCUACAUUUGGUUGAAGAGUACAAGUUACAGGCUGUGAACACUGGACCUGACCUUCCCACAAGUAUCUAUGGAUCUCCAGAAGAUGAUAAUUUGGCUGUAAUAUAUCUAUCGCAAAUUGUGAUUACUGAAGAGCAAAGUAGGGAAUCAUUUGCUUCUGAAAUUGUGAAGAGCUUGGACAAAUUGACAGAACCUGAAUUGUCUUCUAUAAAGGAGGAGCUUCUCAAUGAUUUUGCACCUGAUGACAUUUGUCCACUAGGAGCACAAUUGUUCAUGGAAGCUCCGAAAAAACUUUAUCAGGUUGAUUCCAUAAUUACCGAAUCUGUUAAGGAGGAUGCUCCAUUAUUUUCAAUGGAAGAUGACUCUGUUCCAAGCUCAUUUACUUGCCUCCAGAACAAUGUAGAAUUACCUGUAGAUCAUCCAAAUCUUUUACAUGUAAAUCAACUAAUGGAAUCGGUCCAGGAGACAGCCAAUCAAGUGGGACGGGUUUCAGUCUCAACCAAUCCUGAUGUAUCGUUCAAGGAAAUGGCUGGCCAUUGUGAGGAACUUUUGCUAGGAAAGCAGCAAAAGAUGUCCAAGUUGAUGAGUACCCAAAAGAAACAGGACUAUUUGAUGAGCUUCUCUUCGAAAAUUCAUAAUGAUGACCUGCAAGAGAUGAAUAACGCUUCUCAUAUCAACAUGGGUUCCCAUACGAGCGGUAAUCCUUUUGCUAAUCACACUGCCACUACGUACAAACCACGGCCAACCGAAGGCCAUGUACCAAUGCUAUGUGCAACGGAAUACCAGCAUAUUCCCCACUCUUCCUUCAGACUACCAGCCUCAAAUCCAUAUGAUAACUUCUUAAAAGCUGCAGGCUGCUGAUUCUGUAGAGGUAUGCAAGGAAACUAGCUAUCAGUAGUCCAGGUUGCUCAACAGGGUCACCAUCGCUGAGCAAGUCUUUUUUUUUGUGCAUGUGUUGGGGGUUAAUUAUUCUAUAGGCUUUGAAAAGAAUGUUGUUAACUUGUUAUCGAAGAUCAGCGAAAAUUGUAACCUUUCCAUUUCCAAUUCUUUCAUUCUUUUCCUUUUCCAAUACUUGUACACAGUCAUGGGGAAGUGGCCUUAUUAGAUUGCUUCUUCCCUUAUGAUCUCAUUUUUCUGCAAAGCCGCAAGUACAUUUUGAAACUUAUUAUUUGAUAUUCACUUUAGUCUUU